AUGGUUCGGUUCACUACCAUUUUCAGCACGCUUGCUGUGACUACCGCAUCCGUGCAAGCCUUCCCCGGCGCCUGGCUUCUCCAAGCACGACAGAACAUCCCCGAUCCGGCAGGCGACAAGAACGUCGGCAACGGCAAAGGCCUCCAGUUCAUCGGCGGACAAUGCCUCAGCGAAGCCGACUGCGGGUCCCAAUGCUGUGCAACUCUUGCCCGCGGUGGUGAUGUCAUCGGCGUUUGCUCCGGCUUGGGCGCUCAAUUCCAAGCUGGCAAGCAGGGCUGUGGCUUUGGCAGUACUGCUGCGGGCAACAGCACCGGUACCGUAGGCAACGUGAACCUUGUUGGAAACAAACAAGCUACGAAUGGCACGACUCCAGCCACCGGUGGUGGAAAGAAGGGUGGCAAGGGCAAGAAGAAAGGAAAAGGUCACGGCAAGAAGGGCGGUGCUGUCGGCAACGGCAACGCUAAUAACGGGACCGACACUUCCAAUGCUGGCAACAACGCCAACGGCAAAGGCAACAUCGAUGUUGGCAAUCAACUGGCUGUGAAUGGCACGGCACCAGCGAAGGGCCAUAAGGGGAAGGGGAAGGGCAAAGGCCACGGCAAGAAAAAGGGCGGUAAUGUCGGCAACGGCAACGCUAACAACGGGACCGAUACCACUACCACUGCCCCUGGCAACAACGUCAAUGGCAACGGCAACGCAAAAGACGCCGCCAGUCCCUUGGGCAACAUCAAUGCUGUCAAUGGCACGGCCCCAGCUACCGGUGGAGGGAAGGGAAAGGGAAAGGGCAAGGGGAAAGGCCACGGCAAGAAUAAGGGCGGCGAUGCUGGAAAUGCUGGCACGGGCAACAUCAGCGCUGGUAAUGGGACCGACACCUCCGGCGCUGGCGGUGCUGGCGGUGCUGCUGGCAAUGCUGGAAAGGGCAAGGGCGGCAAAGGUGGUAAAGGUGGCCACGCCGGAAAUGCUGGGAAUGCUGGAGGUGCUGCCGGUGAUGCCAGUGCUACUGGCGGUGCUACUGGCGGUAACGUUGGAGGUGCCACUGGCGACGCUGGAACUGCUGGCGGUGCUGCUGGCGGUGCUGGCAAAGGUGGUAAAGCUGGUAAAGGUGGCAACGCUGGAGGUGCUGCCGGCGAUGCUGGAAGUACUACUGGCAAUGCUGGCACCACAGGGAACGCCAGCAAUACGGGCAAUACCGGAGGCGCAACGGGCGCUUCCGCCGAGGAUGCCCAGGGGCAGGAUGAUUAG